UUUUUUUCCUUCGUCGUUAUCGUUAGGUGGAUUAUUAAACCCUAAAGGCAGCCAAAUAGGACUUAUUCUCUUCGUCCACAUGCCAAAAAGCUUUCUGCUUGCUGCAGUAGCACUCCAUCUUCAUAUUCUAAACCCGAAAUCCUAAUCCUACUUUCUAUUUUUUUCCAUUUUCAAUCAACUCGCAUACGUAAGAUUCUACAAAUGUUGGGUCUCCCUCAGCGGUCUUAAUGGCUACUUCUCAUGUCCUAAACUUGUUGUUUGCCGUUGGUGUUUGGUGUACUGCUUAUAUUACCGUCGCAGUUCUCUCUUACUUUCGCAUCUUCAGCUCUCUCUGUUCAUUUUGAUUAGAGCAGCUAGCAGUUUCAAAGGGCUACAAUGGGUUACGCGCAACUUGUAAUUGGUCCUGCAGGCAGUGGGAAGUCCACUUAUUGCUCUAGUUUGCACCAACACUGUGAAACAAUUGGGCGGUCAAUUAACAUUGUGAACCUAGAUCCUGCUGCAGAAAAUUUUGACUAUCCUGUGGCUAUGGAUAUCAGGGAACUCAUUUCAUUGGAUGAUGUUAUGGAGGAACUUGGUCUGGGUCCUAAUGGUGCUUUAAUUUACUGCAUGGAAGAGCUUGAAGACAAUCUGGAUGACUGGUUGACAGAAGAGCUGGAUAAUUUCUUGGAUGAUGACUACCUAGUUUUUGAUUGCCCAGGGCAGAUUGAACUUUUCUCACAUGUGCCAGUUCUUCGGAACUUUGUGGAGCAUUUGAAGCGCAAAAACUUCAAUGUUUGUGCGGUAUACGUACUUGAUUCUCAGUUCAUCACGGAUGUGACCAAGUUUAUAAGUGGGUGUAUGGCAUCUCUUUCUGCAAUGAUUCAACUUGAAUUGCCUCAUGUUAAUAUCCUCUCCAAAAUGGACCUUGUAACCAACAAGAAGGAUCUUGAAGAUUACUUGAAUCCGGAGUCUCGAGUCUUGUUGUCAGAACUGAAUCAACGCAUGGCUCCUCAGUUUGUAAAGCUAAAUAAAGCUUUGAUCGAACUGGUGGAUGAGUAUAGCAUGGUUAGUUUUAUUCCGCUUGACCUAAGGAAGGAAAGCAGUAUACAAUAUGUGUUGUCGCAAAUUGACAACUGCAUUCAGUAUGGAGAAGAUGCAGAUGUGAAAGUUAAGGAUUUUGAUCCGCCUGAUGAUGAUGAUUAGAACAAUAUAAACUAUGUUACUGGAGAAACUGGCUUGCAGGCUGCCAUCGACAUUCCAUGGAGUCAAACAAUGAACUUGUCUAAGGAAUACGCAUUUUCAGUGUAGAUAAAACAGGGAAAGAUUGGCUUUUUCCAAUUUUACAAAAAGCGUUUGAAUCUGCUGUUUUCCCCUCAAUAUGGACAACCUUUUCAAUUUUGGAAAUAUAUGGUGUGCUUUUGAACGCUGUUGCACUCACUGCUAAGGUCUUAUUAUCUAGAUGUAACUGGUCUAAUUCAUGCACUGGAUAUUUAUUGAUAGUGGGUGUUUAUGGCUGGCUUGGUCUGGUUGUGUUUUGAGUGCAAUAGUAUUGAAAAAAAUUCUAAAAUCUGGUUUGAUUGAACUAGUAAAUCAAGAGUAUUGAAAAGGUCUAAACGUGGUUUGAUUAA